AUGGGACCUCCUCCUGGUCGAUUGCUGUUAGUCUCGUUUGAGACUCUGAGCAUGGGGCGCUGUCCUUUGCUCUCUGGUCGGUGCUGAGCUGUUCCCAGCCCUAGCCUGGUUCCUUCACCUUCCCCGGGCAGGGGCAGGGGCCGGCCGGGGCUGCCCAGGCUGCUGUGGGCCCGGGAUGAGCCGAGCAGAGGGGACCCGGAGAGGAAGGGAAGGACAGGAUACAGCCAGGAGCAGCUUGGAGCCGGGGAAGGGGAGAGCCGGGCGGGGCGGGCGGAGAGCCGGGCGGGGCGGGCGGAGAGGGGCGGGCGGCGGGGCGAGGCGAACACACGCAGCCUCCCACAGCCACAGCCACAUCCCCUCCCUCCGCCUGCCCUGACAGCCGCCCGGAGCCGCACCGCCUCCCGCCCCUGCCGCCGGCUCCCCGUGCCCACCCUCCGUCCCUUCCUGCUGCCGCCGGACCGGGGCGGCCGCUCCGCCAGCUGCAUGCCCGGAGCGGAGCGGGAGCGGGAGCAGGACGGCGCCAGAAAAAAAAUGAAUUCUGAAAGCUCAGCCCUUACCAUGAGUAGCCCUGCCAUAAUAAACCAGUGUGCCAGAGGAGGAAUGGAACAAGAAAAAGCUUGGCCGAAACAGCAGCAACAGAAUAAUUUUUCCUUGUUUCCUUCCACCAAGGGCUGGAAUUUCAGAGGGAAAAAGCGGAAAAAGAGUACUCAAGAUGAAGACACAAUCAGUAUCUGCAGCCUGGAUACAAGUGAGCCCAGCAACAAACGGGUCAAGCCUCUUUCCAGAGUCACAUCCCUGGCCAACCUCAUCCCUCCGGUGCGAGCCACCCCUCUGAAGCGCUUCAGCCAGACCCUGCAGCGCUCCAUCAGUUUCCGCAGCGACAGUCGCCCCGACCUGUUCAGCCCACGGCCAUGGUCUCGAAAUGUGCCCCCUGCUAACACAAAGAGGAGAGACAGCAAACUGUGGAGUGAGACCUUUGAUGUCUGUGUCAAUCACAUGCUUACAUCCAAGGAAAUCAAGCGGCAAGAGGCUAUCUUUGAACUUUCCCAGGGAGAAGAAGACUUGAUAGAAGAUCUGAAAUUGGCAAAAAAGGCUUAUCAUGACCCAAUGCUUAAGCUUUCCAUAAUGACAGAGCGAGAGUUGAACCAAAUUUUUGGAACACUGGACUCUCUAAUUCCUCUGCAUGAAGAUCUUCUUAGGCGACUUCAAGAAGUCAGGAAACCUGAUGGAUCAACAGAUCAUGUUGGCCACAUCCUCGUGGGUUGGCUUCCAUGCCUGAACUCCUAUGACAGCUACUGCAGCAAUCAAGUGGCAGCCAAGGCUUUACUGGAUCACAAGAAACAGGAUCACAGAGUACAGGAUUUCCUGCAGCGCUGCUUGGAGUCUCCUUUCAGCCGCAAGCUGGACCUUUGGAAUUUCCUCGACAUCCCCAGAAGCCGCUUGGUGAAAUACCCGCUGCUGCUCAGAGAAAUUUUAAGGCACACACCAAAUGAUCACCCUGAUCAACAGCAUCUGGAAGAAGCUAUAAAUAUAAUUCAGGGCAUUGUGGCUGAAAUCAACAUAAAGACUGGUGAAUCUGAAUGCCAGUAUUACAAAGAGAGACUUAUUUAUCUUGAAGAAGGCCAAAGGGAUUCAUUGAUUGAUAAUUCACGUGCUGUGUGCUGUCAUGGGGAACUGAAGAACAACAGGGGAGUGAAGCUGCAUGUCUUCCUCUUCGAAGAGGUGCUGGUGAUCACUCGGGCCGUGACCCACAAUGACCAGCUGUGCUACCAGCUGUACCGGCAGCCAAUUCCCGUCAGGGAGCUGGUGCUGGAGGACCUGCAGGAUGGAGAGGUGCGCCUGGGUGGAUCCAUCCGUGGAGCAUUCAGCAACAAUGAGAGAAUCAAAAACUUCUUUAGAGUCAGCUUCAAAAAUGGAUCCCAAAGCCAGACUCACUCUCUCCAAGCCAAUGACUCCUUCAACAAGCAGCAGUGGCUGAACUGUAUCCGGCAGGCCAAGGAGAAGGUUGCGUGUGCGGGCAGGGCUGGCGGGCUGGAAGCACAUUUCCUUGUGUCACCCCAUGGACGCAGAGUGGCCCAGGGAGAGGCUGCCCUGGAGCAGAUGGAGCAGUCAGACUGUGAGUCAGACUGCAGCAUGGACACCAGCGAGCUCAGUGCCGACUGCGAGCGCAUGGAGCAGACGAACUCUUGUGACAGCCAAAAGCAAAUAGAAACCAACGUCUGACAAAAACUUGGAGUUCAUGGAAGAAAACCUGUCUCUUACCUGUACAGUAUUUGCAUUCCAUACAUGGAACCAUUUGGAGAAGCACUUUUAGAAUAUUUUUUGUGACAAUGUCAAUGCAGUUCGUGUAUUUGUUCCUGUGAGUGUCGUACUGUAACUGCCCAUCUGUAUAAGCUGGAAUCUCCUGCAACUCAUGCUCUGUGAUUAUAUUCCAUAAACACCCAAGGUGGAUUAAAGAGGUACUUGACCAGUUAUUCUCAAUGUCCUGCUGUAAACAGAAUCUCUAAACUACUGUUUCUAUAUGCAUUACAUAAAUAACCUUUUCCUAAUUUUUAAUUACUUAUUUGCCCUUUAAAGGGAGAGCUGAAGAUGUGGACUUAAUAUGGAAUUUCAGGAUGGGUGUCAAGAUAAUAAGUUUUCUUAAAGGCAUGUAAAGAAAAGAUAGUUUCUUGGAACAAAAAAGAAAACUGUCUUGCAAUAACCUAUCCAAACUCCUGUGGUAUUAAAUCAACAAGAACUAUAAACAGCGGGCCAUGGAACCAGGGACUCUAUAGGGAUUUAUUUAUCAAAAGGAAGCACUGUCCUAAGAUCCAGCAGUCAAACUAACUAAAAAUCUGGAAAUUUCAAAUGAUCAGCAUAGUAAGAUGGUGUAUUAUUCAAAGCAUGCAAUGCUAAAAAUAAUCAACUGAGAAAACCACAACCAAACCUUUACAGCCAGCACUGAAUGAAAUGAAAUGCUGAGAAUACUGGAUGUUUGUAAAUAAGCUGGUAAUUUGCUUUCAGUGCCAUAUAUAUAUAUAUAUUAUCCCAAACAGAAUAAGAAUGGAAAGGAGCUUUUGCUUGUGAAUAGGCCCUCUUCAGCAUUUUGCACUUCACUGACCUCCACUGUUGGUUUUAAGCACCACUAAUGUUAAAACAUUUAAUUUUCUGUAAAUGUCUGUUUACAAUUACAUGUAGUUGGUUUUUAAAACUAAGUGAUGAUUUUAUAUAAAUGGUGCUCUACAAAUACCCUGUGGGAUUAUGUAGAGAGAGUUUAAACAAAAAGGGAAUUGUUUGUCCUUUAAGGGUGUAUUACACCCUUUUUACUUUCCUCAAGUUUUGUUAUAAAAAUUUUUGUUGCAUUUAAUUUUGUACUGUAAUUGGAAAUGUCACUGUGUUUUCUGGUGGCUGAUUUAACCUACUCAUUAUGAUGAGAAGCAGAUGAGUCACUUAAAUGCAGUCUAAAACACACAGUUGAACAUCCUGGAAUCCCUGGGUAAUAUUUUACUUCUUACUGUAAGAAAUAAUGCCAGUGCUGUAUGAUAUAUUACAAAUUUUAAAUGAAUCUUGGUAUUACACAAGAUAACCUGUGCAAAGUACUUGUAACAACAGAAGUAGAAAAACUGCUAAGUUAUUGCCAAAAAUAUUUUUCUUGUGUUCUACAAGUUUACAUAAAAUUUACUAAGUAUCUUACAUAUACAUAUGCUGAUGUGCAUUACAGAAAUCAGUGUGACAAGAUGAUAAACAAUAUAAAACAAGGUAUUUUUAUUUUUUAAAAAAAUUGCAUUUUUACCCUAUAGAACAUAUUUCUGUAUUUAUAGUUUAAAAAAAAAAGGCAAUUUCUUUUCUUUUUCAGGCUUUGUAAUUUAUUUCAACUGCUUCAUUUUUAGAUCUGAAUGAGUAUACCAGUGAAGAUGAAAGGCAAAAUUUGCAGAAGAAAAGGCAUAGGGAAAUUGUUCAGUAAAAAUGUUGAAAAAGAGCAAAAAGCAUGUAAAAUGUUCAGAUAGAGAAGAAAGAAUGAAUGUGUGUAUUGACUCUUUUUUUAUUUUUUUAAUAAUGGCCUUAAAACUUUUCUGGAAGCAUUUCAAAUAAAUUACAUUAAACCAUUUUGAUUUUUAUUUGGUUUGGUUGGUUGUGCAAGAAGACUACGAAAAGAUUUAACGUAAGUGACCAAAGCUUGUAUUUUGUUUCUUAUGAACUGGCACAUAUUUGGGUCUAAUUUGCUAAAUGCACAGCAGUAACAGAAACAAGUCACUGCACUCAAUUCACCAUAUUCCCCAAAGUUCUGUAUUACAGUCUAAGUAAGUAAGUAGGUGGAACAAAAAUUUACUGUCCUGUCAUCAGUUUCUCUCUCAUAAUUCCUUGUGGGUCACAAUUGAAAUGAUUAAUUUUGGGGUAUACAGCAGCUGCCAGCCAGCCAGGAGAUCUCAGAAGAUUAAUUUACAUGUGUUUACUAUAAUUUAGCCACCCACUCACUGUUCAGUAUUCUGGAGUGCAAGUGUUUUGGCUGUGCUUUGUAGUCGACAUGCACUUAGCUACUGAUUGAUCUAAUAAAUCCUAAUGAUGUUGCA